CUUUUAUCUCUUAUCAGGAGGGUGAAGUGGGGGAAAGAAAAUGUCGAAAUCGCCUGAAGAUGAGCACCCAAGGAAGGCCUUUGGAUGGGCAGCUAGGGACCCGUCCGGUGUCCUCUCUCCAUUUAGAUUCUCACGAAGGGCAACGGGAGAUGAUGAUGUGACCUUCAAAGUAUUGUACUGCGGGAUCUGCCACUCCGACCUUCACUUCAUCAAGAACGAAUGGGGUUUCUCCACCUAUCCAAUGGUUCCUGGGCACGAGAUUGUGGGAAUAGCAACAGAGGUAGGAAGCAAGGUAAAAAGAUUCAAAGUGGGAGAUAAGGUAGGUGUUGGUUGCAAUAUUGGGGCUUGUCAUUCCUGUGAUAACUGCACCAAGGACUUAGAGAGCUACUGCCCCAAAGUCAUCCUCACCUAUAGCUCAACUUAUUAUGAUGGAACUACCAACUAUGGAGGCUACUCCGAUAUAAUGGUUGUCAAUGAGCGGUACGCCGUGUUGUUUCCGGAUAACCUGCCACUCGAUGCCGGUGCACCCUUACUUUGUGCAGGGAUUACAGUGUACAGCCCAUUGAAAUAUUAUGGAUUAAGUGAGCCUGGUAUGCAUUUGGGUGUUGUAGGGCUUGGUGGGCUUGGGCAUAUGGCUGUGAAAUUUGCCAAGGCUUUUGGGUUGAAGGUGACUGUGAUUAGCACAUCUCCUAGCAAAGAAAAGGAAGCAAUUGAACGUCUUGGUGCUGAUUCGUUUUUGGUCAGUCGUGAUCAAGUUCAGAUGCAGGAAGCCAUGGGCACUCUUGAUGGAAUUAUUGAUACAGUUUCGGCCCAUCAUCCUCUUCUACCAUUGAUUAGUCUACUAAAAUCUCAUGGGAAGCUUGUCAUGGUGGGUGCACCAGAGAAGCCGCUGGAAGUACCUGUCUUUCCUUUGCUAGUGGGAAGGAAGCUUAUAGCUGGAAGUGCCACUGGGGGAAUGAAGGAGACACAAGAAAUGGUUGAUUUUGCAGGAAAACACAACAUAACAGCAGACAUCGAGGUUAUUCCAAUGGAUUAUGUCAACACCGCAUUUGAGCGACUUCUUAAGGCUGAUGUCAAAUACCGAUUUGUCAUCGACAUAGCAAACACAUUGAAUGCUGCAUAAAGCAUGCAGACAUCGAAUUAGUUUGAAUUUACUUCGGCAUCAAAAGCACCACACAAUCACAGAGUUUAAGUUUUAUCUGAAUAAGAAAUGUUGAUUGCUUGUUUCAAUAGAAUCUUUGUUGAU